AUGACAAGUUCCUUUGUUCCCUUUUCUUUGCUGAGUGGAGCGUUUGGGGCUUUGGCUUCUUGCUUGGCCAAGUUUGCUUUUUCGACAGAUACCUUCCUGACUACGUCGAUUCUGGAGGGAUGUAACGACAAGCAGUAUUGUUAUUUGCUGGUGUAUAGUGCUCGAGGACUCUGUUUUGUGGGAACUCUGGCACUGAAUAUUUUCAUGGUUGGAAGCUUCUUGGAGGGAAUGGAAGAAAGCGGGAGUAUCGCGGGAACGGCCAUGUCCACUGCGGCCAAUUUUGUCGUCUCUUCUGCCUUGGGCUUUUUGCUUUGGGAGGAAGAAUUCUCAAGAACAUGGCUCAUGGGAUUCCUCUGUGUCGUUGUGGGGACCAUCCUGUUGUCUACCGUCCAUGUCGAGGAAACUCCAGCCGAAAAGGAAAAAGAGGAAUGA